AUGGCUCCGGCUCGAACAUCGCGGGGCAAAGCCCCCAAGCCGAAGCAUGACUCUAGCAGAACUCUCAAACGCAAGCGCGGCGAGGAUGAGCUGUCCACGCUCGCGCAACGAGUCGAGGAUCUCGAUCUGAAGGCUUCCGUCAAGGCUUUCUCCGACCUGCCUCUCUCCGGUCCUACGGCGCAGGGUCUGACAGCCUCCCACUACAAGACUCUGACGGAUAUUCAAUCUCGCGCCAUCACCUACGCCCUCAAGGGCCGUGACAUUUUGGGUGCUGCCAAAACCGGCAGCGGCAAGACUCUGGCUUUCUUAGUUCCCGUCCUAGAGAACCUGUACCGCCGACAAUGGACCGAAUACGAUGGAUUGGGUGCGCUCAUUCUCUCUCCGACUCGUGAACUCGCUAUCCAGAUCUUCGAGGUGCUGCGCAAGGUUGGACGGUACCAUGCCUUUUCCGCUGGGCUGGUAAUCGGAGGGAAAAGUUUGCGCGAGGAACAAGAGCGACUGGGACGAAUGAACAUCUUGGUCUGCACUCCGGGCCGCAUGCUGCAGCAUCUCGAUCAGACGGCUAUGUUUGAGACCAACAACCUACAGCUACUGGUACUGGAUGAGGCGGACCGGAUCCUGGAUAUGGGCUUUCAGAAAACCGUGGAUGCUAUUAUCGACCACCUCCCCAAGCAGCGCCAGACCAUGCUAUUCAGUGCCACUCAGACGAAGAAGGUGUCGGAUCUGGCUCGGUUGAGCUUGCAGGAUCCCGAGUAUGUGAGUGUCCACGAGGCCGCCGCAUCGGCCACACCCGCCACCCUCCAACAACACUAUACCAUCACCCCGCUGGCAUCGAAGCUCGAUACGCUCUGGAGCUUCAUUCGCAGCAACCUGAAGUCAAAGACUGUCGUUUUCUUGUCCUCUGGCAAGCAAGUUCGAUUUGUCUUUGAGUCGUUCCGACACAUGCAGCCCGGUAUCCCGUUGAUGCAUUUGCACGGCAAGCAAAAGCAGGGAGGUCGUCUCGACAUCACCACCAAGUUCUCUCAGGCUCAACAUGCAGUUCUUUUUGCCACCGAUGUUGCCGCCCGUGGUCUUGAUUUUCCGGCUGUCGACUGGGUCAUUCAAAUGGAUUGCCCCGAAGAUGCCGACACAUACAUUCACCGAGUCGGACGAACUGCCCGUUAUGAGCGUGUUGGUCGCGCGGUGCUUUUCCUUGACGCGAGUGAGGAAAAGGGUAUGCUCAAACGACUGGAGCAGAAGAAGGUGCCCAUUGAAAAGAUCAACAUCAAAGCCAAUAAGCAACAGAGCAUCAAGAAUCAACUACAAAACAUGUGUUUCAAAGACCCGGAGCUCAAAUAUCUGGGCCAGAAGGCCUUCAUAUCCUACGUCAAGUCGAUCUACGUGCAAAAGGACAAGGAGACAUUCAAUCUAAAGGAGCUCAAGCUGGAGGAUUUCGCGGCCAGCAUGGGUCUCCCUGGUGCGCCGCGUAUCAAGUUCAUUAAGGGCGACGAUACGAAGGAACGCAAGAAUGCAUCCUGGAAAAUGGCACACCUGUCCAGCGAUGACGACUCGGAUGCCGAUAAUGCCGAGAAGAAGGAUAAGAAGGACGAGAACCAGGUCCGCACCCGUUAUGACCGUAUGUUUGAACGACGAAAUCAAGAUGUGUUGGCCGAGCACUACUCGAAGCUCAUUAACGAUGACGGUACCAUGGUUGCCACAAGCACGGGCAAUGGUGCUGGAGAAGAUGCCGAUGAGGAUGACGAUUUCCUGUCUGUUAAGCGCCGUUUUGCUGCCGGCGAUGCCGAACUUGGCCAAGGUGACUCUGAAGGAGAGGACUCAGAUGCUGAGAAGGAGACGAAGGAGACUAAGUUUGUCAAAAUCGAUGGUGGCCAGGAUCCCUUGGUCAUUGACUCGAAGCGUCGCGAGAAGCUCCUCAAAUCCAAGAAGAAGCUCCUCAAAUUCAAGGGCAAAGGUACAAAACUGGUGUACGACGAGGAUGGAAAUGCUCACGAGUUGUACGAGAUGGAGGACGAGGAGCACUUCAAAGCCCGCGGCGACGCCGAUGCCCAGCGCGCGGAGUUCUUGGCUGGCGAAACCGAGCGCACCCGCCGUGCCGACUUGGAGGACAAGGAGGUGGCGCGAGAGAAGCGUCGCGAGAAGAAGGAGAAGCGGAAGGCACGCGAACGUGCGCUGGCCGAGGAGGAGGCCGAGGAAGAGGCUGGUGUACAGGGGCUCCCCUAUGUGCCUUUCGAAAUCCCGGGUUCGGACUCUGCCUCCGAAGCCGAGGAGAGAGAGGCCCCGCGACCCAGCAAGAAACAGCGUGUCUCGUUUGCCGAGCCGGACGACAGCAGCGACGACGAGGCUGCUCGCAAAAAGCGCAAGGGGAAGAGCAAGGCCGCCAGUGCCGCUGCACAGCCUCAGAUCGAGACUUUGGCGGAUCUGGAAGCGCUGGCGAGUGGCCUUUUGGGCUGA